CUGUGGUAAUUGUAAGAAAGGGAACACCAACAUGACGCGACUUAUGCUCGCGCUUCUGGCAAUAGCCAGUUUAUUCCGCAUCAUUCCGGCUCAGUUGGGCGGCAGAAUCGGGACUAACCCGCCUCUCGAAGAUGUGGCAAAAUUUAAACCGAUCUCGACGACUCCGCCUUCUGCUACUUGCGGUAUGAACGGUCGGGCAGACUUUUGUGCGCCUGUGGACAGCGAAGAGGGCUUGAGGGAAAAUGCUUGUAACAUUAAAAUCUGUAACCAGGGUUGCCCUGGGAGAGACCGUGAGAACGAUGCAGCUCCGAGGUUUUUAAAACUGCUAGAAGGCGACGCUGGAACCUGUGUAACGCCAGACUUUGCUGACAUGCCUCGGAGGGGAAGCGCCUCUUACGUUUUCCUGAACGAUCGAGCUUGUAGAUUUAUUCCGAGUGGUGUCCCAAGGAUGGGGCGUCGCGGUCACUUUACCAUGGCUGUGUGGUUGAAACAAAGAAGAGGAAAUGCGGGAGUAAUUCUUGAAAAGAUCGCUGGUCCAGGCCGCCACAAGCAGGUCGUCUUUCUCGUUCUUGUCGGAUCUUUUUCCAUCGUGUUGCAGUAUAGAGCUGUCGACGGGCGGCCGCAAUACAAAAUGAUCCCAGUGAAUUUCCCAUCUGAUAACUGGCAGCAUCUGGCCAUACAAGUGUACGGUACAGCUAUCAGCGUGUUCAUUAACGGGGUGGAAACUGACGGCACUCCAUUUGCUACCAGCGUACUAGAGAGUCGAAUGACCGAUAUCAACAACCAGCCGAUAAUAAGAGUUGGGCAGAGAGUUAGAGAGUGGAAUGCUACGUCGUUUGUAGCAUUAGGGAUCCAGUCAGACCUGCCUACAUGGUCCAACACUACUGGGCAAUACGUUGGAAGAAUGCAAGAUUUUCGUUGGUACGACCGAGCGCUAACCAACAGCGAGAUUGAAGAAAUAGCGACCGGUGUUUUUCCUGAAGUUAAUAUUCUACCAAACUGUCUUUGCCCCGAAGGUUUUCCACGAGUACAUCCAUUGGAACAAAGAUACUGCAUUCCUAAUGGAGUCCCCGAUACCUCACCUCAACGGCGCCUCCGUGUGGAUCCUGAUGCUCAUCCACUUGCUUACAUCAAUGAUGAUGAUUCAUCCACCACCUGGAUAUCUUCAUUGGGAAUCUACAUGCCUGGUGGUUUGACCAUCAAUAUCAACCUUGAGAAUGGGGAGUACGAGAUUUUCUACAUAGUCCUUCAGUUCUACAGCCCCCAACCCAAAGGAAUCACCAUCAGCAGGUUUUCGAACGAUACGGACGGUGACAUGCAAUUGUGGGGUCAUUUUGCCGACGAUUGUCGCAUAAGGUUCCGAUACGAAAACAACCAACCCCUAAACAGCCCAACAGAUGUGAAUUGUAUUCAAUUUCCCCCUGAGCAUGAAAUUCCAUACCAGCGCAGUAAUAUUACCUUCAACCUUCUGUCACAACCACCAAAUGCAAGGCCUGGAUAUAAUGAUUUUUAUGGAACACCCGGGCUCAUGGACUUUGUAAUGGCUUCAAAGGUUCAAAUUCGACUUCAAUACCAGUACUUUACCACUCCUGAGUAUGUAAAUAUCAAGCAUCAGUAUUAUGGCAUGGAUGGGAUAAAAGUCAUAGGCAGAUGUAACUGUAACGGGCAUGCUGAGGCAUGCGACACAUCGGUAUCUCCAUACCAGUGCAACUGUCUUGAUUAUAGCAACACUGAAGGCUACCAGUGUGAAAGAUGCAAGCCGCUGUUCAACAACAAACCAUUUCGUAUCGGCGAUACUGACUCUUCAUAUGAUUGCCAACAAUGUGAAUGCCAUCAACAUGCGCUGAGUUGCCAUUAUGAGGAAGGGUUGGAUCCUAAUCCUGGAGAUCAUUUCAGGGGAGGGGGUGGUGUAUGUGAUGACUGCUUGCAUAACACAGCUGGUCGUCACUGUGAGCAAUGUGCAACACUCUUCUAUCGAAUGUCUGAGAGAGCAUUGGAAGCUGUAGAUGUUUGUAAACCUUGUGGUUGUCUUCGUGCUGGUGUGGUUAAUGAGACAAUGGAUUGUGCCAAGAUUGAUGGCCAAUGUGAAUGCAAGCCCCGAGUUCGAUCACGGAGAUGUAAUAUUUGUGUGGACGGAUUUUUCAAUCUAAGGAGAGACAACCCAGAAGGAUGUGAUAAUUGUAACUGCACAUUGUCGGGCACUGUUAACCGAACUAUAACUUGUACACCGAGAACAGGUCAAUGUCGAUGCAAAAGCAACGUUCGUAAUAAAAGAUGUACCGAUUGCCAAUUUGGCUUCAAGAACUUAACAGACUCAAAUAUUGAUGGUUGCGAACCGUGCAACUGCAAUCGAGUGGGAUCACGAGAUCAAUAUUGUGAUCCAAUCACUGGGCAAUGCUUUUGUAAAGAAAAUGUUGAAGGUAUGUUCUGCGACAAAUGUCAGAAUGGUUUCUGGGGCCUUUCCUCCACUGGUUGCCAGCCUUGUGGUUGCGAUGGUGCCGGCACGGAGGCGGGCACUACUUGUGACAAAGACACGGGGCAGUGCGUGUGCAAAGCUCACACCCAGGGUAGAACAUGCAAUGAGUGUGUGGAUGAAUACUAUAAUCUUGUUGCAACUAAUCCUCAGGGUUGUGAAACUUGCAGUUGUGACCACCGAGGCACAACAAAUGCUUCCUUGGUUUGUGACAAACAGAAUGGUCAGUGUUCGUGCAAAGAACAUGUUGAUGGAAGAGUGUGUAACUUAUGUCGUGGCAACACAUUUGGUCUUCGUGCCACUUUGGUUUCUGGUUGUGAGGCUUGCAACUGCGACCCAAGAGGAACAUCACUGGGUGACCAACUUUCACCCAACGAACUUGUAUGCGAUUCUAACAGCGGACAGUGUGCAUGUCUUCCAAGCAGGGAGGGCAGAAGAUGUGAUCAAUGUUCUCCAGGUUUUUAUCUCCCAGCCAACAAUGCAACAGGCUGUUUGGUGUGUGACUGCCACCAGGUGGGUAGUGUGAGCCAAACCUGCAACAAUGUGACUGGAAUGUGCCCGUGUAAACCUGCUGAAACCGGUGCUGGUUUAACUGGACGUCGUUGUGACGAAUGUGCCGCAAACUUUUGGAAUUUCCAUCCUUUGUUUGGAACUUGUCAGCAGUGUGGGUGUCAUGCUCCUGGCAGUGAAAGCUCAGACUGCAACCCUGUCACAGGCCAAUGUCCAUGCAAGGGCAAUGUGAUUGGAACACAUUGUGACACGUGUCGACCUGGUUCAAGCCACAUGAGUGAAAAUAACCCAAUGGGUUGCUAUUCUCACCCAGAACAACAAGCAGCUCCAGAACAGGGUGAAGUGAAACCCAGGUGGAUAGUUGUAAGAUGGAACCCCCCAGAUCUUCCUAAUGGAGAUAUUCUAGCUUACAAACUAUUCAGAAAUGAUGAGAUUGUGUAUUCUGUUAAUGAUUCAAGCCCAUUCACUGGAAAACAAUACAACGACACUUCCUUGCUUCCUUAUACAAACUACGACUAUCAUGUUGACACCAGCAAUGUGGGGGGUAUGGUGUCCAGCCCCACCCUAAGGGUUCGUACUCUCGCUGGGGUACCAACCGGUAUACCCCCGUUAUCUGUUAGUCGGGUAAGGGCACGCCGAGCAAUUUUUGAGUGGGGUGAACCAGCAGUAGCUCACGGGCCCAUAGAGACUUAUGUUCUGCAGUCGGUAACAACUGCAGAUGAUGACUCGGUUGAAGUUCACUAUAGAGGGUUGGCAACUAGAACUGAAAUUGAAUCUCUGCGGCCGUUUACCAACUAUACGUUCACUCUUCGAGCAUGCACUAGUGGUGGUUGUGGUGACAGUCUGCCUCUAGUGGUAAUCACUCCAGAAGCGAAACCAGCUCAACAGCUACCUCCAGUGAUCACACCGAUUUCAAAUACAUCUCUUGUCGUGUCAUGGGAACCACCGCAAGAAGCUAAUGGUAUCAUUCAUCAAUAUGAAGUUAUGAUGAGAGGCAAACCUGGUCCUGAUGGAGCCCAUUAUCCACUGCAGAAAGUUGUAUUUCAAAGCCAUGGCGCCUACAAUCCAUGGCACACGUCAUCACCUGGCUACAACCCCUUGCCGCAGCCAAAGACAAAUUUCACCCAAAAUAAUCUGCAACCUUUCACUGAGUAUGAGUUUUUUGUUUCAUCGUCAAAUAGCCUCGGUUCAGUACAAAGCCCGUGGGUGACCGCAAGAACACUGGAAGGAACUCCAGUUGCGAUGGGUAGCCCAAUGCUAGAGGCUAUAUCCUCAUUUGAAGUGAAUAUAACUUGGGAGGCACCGGACCCAGUGAUGGAAGUCAGGGGUAACGUGGUGAUGUAUCAAGUUAUUCUUACACAAAAUAACACAAGCGGAAAUCCAAACGCUCCACCCUUUGAAGAUGUGGUUAUAUACUCAUGUGGCCCAACCAUUCAACACUUUGUAGCUGUUGGGUUCAAACCAUACACAAGUCACAACAUCACCAUGAAGUUAUGCAACUCUAUAUCAUGUGUGUUCAGUGAACCAAGUCGAGUAACUACUUUACCAGCAGCUCCUGUAGGACAAGCCCCACCAUCUGCUCAUGGUCGAGAUCAACAUUCAAUUGAUUUGAGCUGGGAAGAUCCAGCGAAAGUAAAUGGGCCACGACCUGAAUUUAGUCUCAUGAGAUCUCCAGUUGCAUUUUCUAACCCUCCUAUUGAGAUGUCUCGCGGUGUCCGCUUUCCUGGACAUUCCUACAUCACUUUCGCUCCAGAUAUACUUCCUCGUGAUGCUUCAUACAGCGGAAUCCUCUUCUGGUUUCGAACUUAUGAGCCAGACUGCCUCCUCUUCCUUGCUGCAUCACCUCUAUCUUCUGGAGGACUUCGUCAGGAGUACUUGGUCAUCCAACUGAAAGAUGGAAGACCUUGGUUUCUCUUUGAUGCUCAAAAUAACCCAACAUCUGUAACCACCAAUAAUGACAACAUGAAGAGGUAUGAUGAUGGGAAAUGGCACAGGUUGGAGGUGAACAGGUUCAACAGAGACGGUUACAUUGAAGUGGAUGUUAUAUACACCGGCUCAAAAACAAGCACAAGUGGAACUACUGUGAUUGGAGUUAACGAUGGUAUCUAUGUUGGUGGAGUGCCAGGAAACUUUACUCUUGGUCGACCCAAUGAUCAAGGUGAUAAUGUUGCUGUCUUAAAAAGCCUAAUCGGGUGUGUGAAAAAUAUUCAAGUUCAGAGGGAUGGUGCUCUUGGUGAAUGGAGUAAUGUCUCCUGGGAUGAAGCCCAGCAUUGGUACAGAGCUUAUGAGCCUUGGCAGGGUUGCCCUGUGGAAUUAGAUCGCCCGGCAGUGCAUUUUCUUGGCAGAGGACAUCUUGAAAUGGCAGAAAAGCUGGGCGUACUGGACCAAAAUGCUUGGGAGAUAAGUCUGGAUUUUCGGACUAAUUUUGCUUCAGGAAUUUUGUUGUAUGCAACUGGAAGUCAGGAUAAUAUUUUGAUUGUGUAUCUGCUCAAUGGAGUGGUCAGGUGUCUUUUAUCAUCCGGUUCUGCACAAGACACUGAGAUUCAAAUUGAUUCCACAUUGCCACCUUGUGAUGGGGAUUGGCAUGAAUUGAAAGUUCUAAACAAUGCUGGACAAAUAUUCUUUAGAUUGGAUUCUGUUGAAAGUGACAGAAUGAGAGUCAACUUUCAGUCACCAUCUGUGUUUGAUCUUUCAACUGGUCUAUUUGUUGGUGGUGCUCCAGUUCAGGUUCUAAAAGAACUAGUCACUAAAAUAGAUGAGGGGGCUCGUUCUUAUGGUGGUUGUAUCAGGAACUUAGAAGUAGAUGGAAGACGGAUCAAUCUUUCCAGAGAUGUGACUCUCGCUGUCAAUGUUGACUUGGAUGGAUGUCCAAUUAAGGACGCUGAUACUUCCAUAUUGAUCCCCGAUAUAUUAAAUGAAGGAUCCGGUCUUCCUCAACCCAUAAAUUCUACAUUAUCGCAGAACUCAUCUCAAUGCAUUGAAACGUCAAUCACACUUGUACAUACUGGUAUGGGUCAUCAAUAUACCGACACUGAGUUAAACCACUCUGUGUUUACAAGGUAUUUGUACAAGGUUGCAAGCGCAAAUGCUGGUGGGCAAGCUCAGAGUGAUUGGAUGAUCACAAGAUCAGGUGAGGGCGUUCCCCAUACUGUUCCCACUCCUUAUAACGAAGAGACGGGUAGUGGCCGUGAGAUUAAACUGGAAUGGAGAAGACCUCUGAGAACUAAUGGAGUGAUAGACAACUAUACACUGACUGCAGUGGAAGUGGAGAAAGAUAUGAACACAAGUCAGUCUGCUGUUCCCAUAAAAAACGGCACCGUUGUGACAGCAACAUUUAAUGGCGAUAUUCAUAUUGGAAAUAUUACCGGUCUUACACCAUGGACAAGCUAUUCCAUCAACUUGAAAGCUUGUACUGUUAGUGGGUGCUCCAACAGCAGUGGUUCCAUUAUUGUAACCACACCAGAAGAAAUACCAGAAGGGGUAAGGGAUCCAACUUCUUCAGUUACCCCCUACAACAUGACAAUCAAAUGGUUACCCCCAAUUUAUGCCAACGGUCAGAUCACCCGUUACGAUUUGUUCCAUAACGGAACUGUUGUUUAUUCUGGAUUUAAUACGUUUCAUGUCAUUCCUGGAUUACCAAUCUACACACCCCAAAAUAUUAGACUUGAGGCAUGCACUCUAGCAGGAUGUAAUACUAGUGAAGAAGUCACUUUGUAUUCUGGGCAACUACCCCCUUUAUAUAUUGAUCAACCUAUGGCAACAGUACGUGGGCCAUACACUGUUGAGGUUAGGUGGCUUGAACCACCAAUUCUGAAUGGUAUUCUUGAGCGUUAUAUUCUCUAUCUACAUGAUGACAGUGCUGAAGAAAUUCCACCCGGCAGAGUCGUCUACAACAGCACUAUGAUGUUGCUUGAUCACACACUUACAGACUUAAUUGCCGGGACUCAGUAUCAGAUCACAGUUGCUGCUUGCACAGGAGGUGGCUGCACUUUCAGCAGUCCAACACCCUGCAGAACAUCUGAAAGUGUACCAGAAGAAAUUGAUGCUCCUACUUUGGUUGCUACUUCGCCCAACAUGAUCCAAGCAAGUUGGUCUGAACCUGCCCUUCCUAAUGGAGAUAUCACAUUGUACAGUUUAUACCACAACGAUAGACUUGUACAUAAUUCCACCACCCCUUCUAUGACUGAUAUGGUUGAUCUUCUACCAUGGAGUAGGCACACAUUUAGAGUGAGAGUAUGCACUGCUCGCGGAUGCUCUUUUGGUCCGGAAGCUUCUAUAAGGACACUAGAAAGUCCUCCACAAGGAAGAGUUCAAUUAUCAGUAACUGUUCUUGGUGCAUCUACCAUUGAAACAAUGUGGGAAGAACCAGAACAUCAGAACGGCCAUAUAAUGUACACGGUCAUAUGUACUGGACUCUUUUACACAGAGCGACCUGGUCAAGGUAUAAAAGCAGUUAGAGACUCAAGAAACAUGCUGAAUUCAACAGAAUCCCAGGAAUGGAUGAGAAUAAAUGAUUUGGUGCCAUUUUCAGAUUACACUGUCAAGGUCAAUGCUUCCAACAGUGCUGGUUAUGUUAUAAGCAACCAGAGGUCCAUUUCAAUGCCUCCUGGUUUACCAUAUGGGGUGAAUCCACCUCAGUUGACUUCACACAGCCCAGAUUCAAUUCUAGCCCAAUGGGAAGACCCAGUUCGUAAUAAUGCUCCAGGAAAUUCAAUGUUUCAGCUUCUGUAUCGAACUGUUAGUCCUCCUGGAAAUGAAAUUGCUCUUUUUACAUCAGAAACAAGGCAGAUGAGCUACAAUUUAACUGGUCUUGAAGCAUACACUGAGUAUGAGUUUCAGUUGGUCGGUUCAAACCCCUUCGGGUCAACUUCAAGUGGGUGGGCAUCCAUAUACACUAAACAAGACAGACCCACAUCAAUGGACCCACCAAUAGUUUACGAGAUUGAUUCUUGGUCAGUACACGUCACUUGGGAAAGUCCAUCUCAACCCAACGGCAUUGUGGGUAGUUUUAGGCUGAUUGAAAAUGAAAGACUGCGAACUGAACUGCCAGGAAAUUUCACGGAAUUUCGUGCUGAUAAUUUGAGCCCAUUCACUACUUACUCUUACAGAGUUGAAGCCUGCACUGAAGCAGGAUGCACCAGCAGUGAAACAUCGGCAUCUGUAACUACAAGUGCGGCUGCUCCAGAGGAUUUUCAAGCUCCAACACUGAGAUCGGACAGCCCAUCCUCUGUUUUUGUGAGUUGGAGGAGACCUACAUAUUCUCAUGGGAUUCUAGAUAAUUAUAAACUGGAGCGAAGACUAAACACUUCUGACCCUGAAAACAGCCCUGUCACUCUUCUUGGUUCCUUUGUUCCAUCACAGUUGCCUCGGUAUUUGGAUGAAAGUAUUGACUUGAGACCAUACACGAGUUACCAAUACAGAGUGGUUGCUUCCACUUUAGCUGGUGGUUCAACUAUCAGUGAAUGGUCAACUAUACGAACAAGACCUGGACGUCCUGGUGGAGUUCUAGCUCCCUCUGUGGUUGUUUCGGGCUCAGAAUCUGCACAUAUUCAAUGGCAACGACCUGUUCAGGAAAACGGUCCAAUCAUACGAUAUGAAAUUUCAUUCCCAGAACCAAAAAUUCAAAUUUAUGACAUCACACAGCGAGAUUAUAACAUCACAACCCUAAUACCAUACACCAGUUACCAGAUCACAAUCACUGCUUGUACAAUUGGAGGAUGCACAGAAAGUCCAACCACCGAUGUCAUGACUGACGCUGAUGUUCCUCGUGGUCUAGCACCUCCAGUGGCGACUCCCAUCAGUGAGCGGUACGUCAAUGUACAAUGGCGACCCCCUACCUUCCCAAAUGGCCCAGGCAUCUACUAUGAGUUGAGUAGAACCAUCAUCUCCCAACCGCUCUUGGUGGACCAGCCAUCUUAUAUUAACGUUACAGAAAAUAUUUUCACCACAAAUGGCUUGAUUUAUGAAGACAGAUCACUACAAAGAUUCACUACAUGCGAAUACAGACUAUCUGUCUUCAAUACAAUUGGUUCCAUGGCAAGUAACAGUACAAGGGUGACAACACAUGCUGGUUUCCCAUCCUCACCUGGUGUGUUGGAAGUUGCCAUACAUAACCACACAUCGGCACUACUAUGGUGGCAACCACCUGACCUGUUUGCCUUACAGGGCAGAGUGCAUAACUACUACAUACGUUACUAUUCUACAAGGAACAACUCAGACAGAAUUCAUAAGUUUCCACCGGCAACAACCUCAUGGGUUGUGUCAAACCUUUACCCCGGUACUAUGUAUGUUUUUACACUCGACGUUGAUAACGGGGCACAUAACGUCACAUCAGCACCUGUACAAGCAACCACAGAUGAUGGAGCUCCAAUGGGUGUUGGGAUUCCUGUCAUUAACAGCAUAAGUCCUUCCCAACUAAGAGUGAGCUGGCUUGCCCCAUUGCAACCUAAUGGAAGGAUUGUGACCUACUGCAUACUUAUCAAUAAUAACAGCUAUGUGACCAACAUGACGGAAGCAGGAUCCUAUACUGUUAAUAACUUGAGGCCGUAUACUGUGUAUAAUAUCAAGAUUGAAGCAUGCACUGUGUAUGCUUGUGCUGAAAGCAACACAACUCAAGCCACUACACUGGAAAACAACCCAACAAAUAUAGAUGCACCCACAAUUCAGUUGGCGGGCACCAAUAGUGUUGGACUUGAAUGGAGCGUUCCUCGUCGUCCGAAUGGAAUUAUACGGAGCUACCAGAUCCACCGGAGGGCAAUGUUGCCUUGCACACAAAAUCAACCAGAAAUAGAUGAAAGAUCGUGUACGUACGUGAAAUGUCCGAGAGGCCAGAAAGUUUGUUCUACUGAGUGUUACUCGCCAACAGCAAAAGUUUGCUGUGGUGGUGUGUUGUAUAAUGUUGAUGCCAUGAAGGAAUGUUGCGAUCGUAACUACGUGCUCGUUCGGUCGCACAUCACUGAUGUUUGUUGUGGAGGAAGAUUACAUUCUAAUGUAGAAGGCUACAGAUGCUGUAGUGGAAAGUAUUUAGAGGUUGGUGAAAUGGAGGUUUGUUGUCAAGAUCCAAUCGAAGAUCGUGUGUCAGUUGGUGUUGGAGAUUCUUGCUGUGGGGGCGUACCAUACACUGAUAACGGGUUGCAAAUAUGCUGCGAUGGUUCCUUACACGAUGGAUUUGAAAGACAGUGCUGUGGGGGAAUGGUUGUAACAUCUGACAAGCAAUGUUGUGGCAACACGAUAGAUGGUGCAGUUUAUGAUCAAAAUGAUUCCAAUAUCUGCUGCGGACUUCAGUACCUUCCAAGAAACCUAACCAAAUGCUGUGAGGAUCAUGACACUAAGCAAGCCAGGGCACAUUUGGUGUUAAAUAUGACAUCAACGGAACAAAAAUGUUGCUCCACUGAGCUGGUGUCAUCAGAUGAAGCUUGUUGCCAUGGUAACGGUUACGACCCUCAAGCUUCUGUUUGUGCAGAUGUUGCAACCAUUGAACUGGCAGAUAGAUCUAUGAAACAAAGCUGUGGGCGUGGAAGUCUUUGUACACUAACGCAGUCUAUGUUGGCAGCUUGUGAUAGAUGUGAUUUCAACCGAGAUCAGUUUGAUUGUUUUCGAGCACGUCGUCUUAGAUCCGACACCCGUAAUAGAAGAACUGAUGCGAUUUGCCCAACUUCCUACAUUGCUGUAUAUACUGGACCACCCAAUGUAUUCACUUACCAAGACACAGAACUGGAAGCGUACACAACAUACGAGUACAAGGUGGUGGCUGAGAACAAAGUUGGAGUGGGCGAAAGUUCAUCUGCUGAAAUAACAAUGCCUCAAUCAAAACCAAGUGAAGUUCUUCCUCCUGAUUGGACAUCAGAUGGCAGGGAUGCAAUCACGUUGUCAUGGAAACCACCCAAGAAACCAAAUGGUGAAAUCACUCGAUAUAUAUUGCUCCGAGAUGGUUUAGAAAUAUGGAGAGGGCUUGCAUUACGUCACACGGAUUCUUUCCAGAUUCUUUCAUACAGAGAAUAUGAAUACACCUUAAGGGCGUGCACUUCAGUUGGUUGCUCGAGCAGUGUUCCUGUAAGAGCCACAAGCGUACAAGGCAUACCAGAGUUUGUUUCACCACCUAAUGCACUGGUUACUGGUCCUAACUCAGUUCUACUUACAUGGCUUCCACCUCCAAGAGCAAAUGGUCUCCUGCAAAGAUACACAUUGAACGACACUAAAGUUGGAGCAAUUUAUACCAUCCAGCCAGGGCCUGGCACAAACCUAAGAUAUGAACACAACAACCUUGAGCCUUAUUCAACACAUAGCUAUAUCUUAACUGCAUGUACCUCAGCAGGCUGUACUGACAGUGAGCAGGUUACAGUUACCACAAACCAAGCAAAACCUGAAGGUGUAUGGAUUCCUGCUACUUCACUUCCUCUUGAUCUUGUUAAUGUUGACUUGUACUGGACAGAACCACUCCAACCAAAUGGGCCAAUACAGGAGUACAGACUUCUGCGUCGUUUUGUGACGGAUUUUGGUGAUGCUGAUAAUGUCAGAAGAAGUUCCUGGCAAUUGAUUUACGCUGGUAGACCAACCAUAUUCAGCUACACUGACGUCAUAAGUUUCCCUGGUGCAAAGAUACAGUACCAGCUUGGUGCAAUGAAUGAAGCUGGGUUUGGACUCAGUGAGAUCCAUGAUGUUAGGAUGCCAAGAGUUGUCCCACCACAACAACCAGUACUUGAAGCCACAGUCCUAUCUCCAACAGUAAUUAGAGCAGAUUGGUCAUUCCCAAGUUCAGUGCCUGAGUUUAAUUACAGCGUUGUUGUGCAAAGGGCUGACGGGAAGCUGAUUUCAAACGGUUUAUCAGUCACCACCACUGUGCCAAACUUUAGCAGAAGAAGAAGGGAAAUAAAUGAAGAUGAGAAUGAAGGAAACAAAAAUCUGAUGCGAAUUAUUCCAUCUGGAAAUGAAAUGAGCAAAGUGGUUGAAGGAUUAACACCUCAUACUUCUUACCAUAUUCGAGUGAUGACAUGUUUCCCCUACUCUGGGGAUGAUGAUUCUGAAACUACCAACACCACAGAUAAUUGUAAUGUCGGUCGUUCUGCUUUGACUCAGACUUCUGCUGCUCCACCAAGUGGUCAACAGAUACCAACCUUAACAGCCACAGGGGGGCGGUCUGUAGAAAUAGAAUGGGAAGAGCCUCUGCACCCUAAUGGCGUCAUAACCUCAUACCAAAUCCAUAGAAAACUUUCAAAUCCUGACGAUGGUUUAGUUCCGAUAGAAAAAAGGAUUUAUACGGGUGAAGCUAAUACCUUUACCUACACUGAUACCGAUGCAGAGUUAGUUCCAUACACAGAGUACAAAUAUCGCAUCACGUGUACAAGUGACCAAGGUGAUGCUGAGAGUGAUUGGGAAUCAGUCACCACCAAGCAGGCUGUUCCAACUGGUAUAUCUGCCCCUAUCUUACAGGCUGUGUCAGCGUUUGCCAUCAAUGCAACCUGGGAAGUUCCUUUUCAUCCUAAUGGUGUUAUUACAAGUUACAGAAUUGAACACCAAGAAGUUGGAGGGGACCCAACUAUACAACGACCGAUCCUCACAGCUCUCACUGUCCCAUCUGCGCUCACUGCAGCUACCUUUAGCGGGCUACAACCCUUUACCAUGUACCAGGUUCGGAUUGUAGCUGUCAAUCAAGCGGGGAUGGUUGGAAGAGGGGAUUGGAGAAGAGAGAAGACGAGUCCAGCUCCUCCAAGUGAGGUUGCGGAGCUCUCAGUGGAGAAGAGUGAAGAUGGAAGAUCUGUCAGUCUCACUUGGGAUGAACCAGCUCUUCCUAAUGGAGAGAUUCAAAUUUACAAUGUCUAUGAGCCAGAAGUGAGUGAAAUACCUGUGUACAGUGGUCGGGCAAGGCAGUUUGAUUUCCGCAGGCUGACUCCUUAUACAAGAUACACACUUGUGCUGGAGUCAUGUACUGGCCCAGGCCUUUGCACCAGAUCACCAACUACGACUUUCUGGACAGCCGAAACAAUCCCAGAGUCCCAAUCGCCCCCAAUUGUUCAAGGAAGGACCUCAAACUCAGUGACUCUAACAUGGAGAAAGCCAGCAAGACCAAAUGGUCGUAUUCGAAGCUACCAAAUUUACCGAAGACAGGACAUCUCUUUCAUAAUACCACGCGCAAAAAGAUCAGUUUCAACCUCAGACCCUGAAGCUUUCUUCCAGUCUGCAUCCAUCACAAGAUAUGAAGUUCAGGCGCUCAGUGAGGAUCUUUUCCAACCCAUCAGUGUGCAUCGGGUGCGUCGUCAGAUAGAAGAUCCAAAUUCAGAUGGAGAAGUUAUUUUUGACGUGUUAGAUCCAGUGCAUGAUGUUUACAACUAUACUGAUGCAGGACUGCGGCCCUAUUCAAGGUUUCAGUACAAGAUACGAACAAGUACUUCUAUUGGGCAUGUUGACAGCAGUUGGGUUGCCGUGGAAACCCACCAAGCCCCACCGGAAGGAAUUUCCCCUCCAGUUGUUGUUCCCCCAGCAGACAGAAGUCCAACAGCGCUUCAAGUCUCAUGGAAUCUACCAACUCAAGUCAAUGGGGAGCUACAAACAUUUAAAAUGCAGCGAGGCAACAGCACGCCAUUAAGUUUCCCACCAGAUCAAUUCCAGUACAAAGAUAUCAACCUCAGGCCAUAUACGAUGUAUGAAUACACAAUAUCUGCGUGCACUGCUGGUGGUUGUUCAACCAGCGAAGUCACUCAGGCACGAACCUUUGAACAAGCACCCCAUUAUGUAGCGCCACCAAGUGCUGUUGCAUUUAAUGCUACUUCUCUACAAACAACCUGGCAAAGUCCUGGCACAGAAAACGGGAAGAUAGUUUCCUACACACUGUAUGGGGACGACAAUGAAGUUAUGUAUCAAGGCAAUAAAACAGAAGCAUUGAUAACGGGAUUACUGCCAUUUAGAGUUUAUUCCAUUGCACUUGAGGCUUGUACAAACAGUGGUUGCCGUAGAAGCAUUACAACUCAAGUUCGUACUUUAGAAGCUGCUCCAAUUGACAUGGCACCACCAGACCUACAUGUUACUGGCGCAAAUUCAAUUGAGGUAACAUGGCAACCCCCUGUUGAACCCAAUGGAAAUAUAAUCAGAUAUGAAGUAAGAAGGAACGGGGAUCUUGUGUCUAUAAGUGAUGGGAGGAUAACACGCUACCAUGACUUUGAGCUUACCCCUGGCACUCAAUACUCGUAUGUGAUCGUGGCUUAUAACAGUCAAGGCAGCGUUAGUAGUGACCCACCGGUGUCCGAGACAACCCACCAAUCAGCACCUGCAGGUUUGGCCCCGCCCACUUUGACAGCGACCUCUGGAAGAUUCAUGCGUGCUGAUUGGUCAACCCCUGUCAAUCCCAACGGAGUUAUUUUAAAUUACACUCUCUUCGUGCGUCAUGUGACAAGGAGAACAGAAACGGCCUACGAGUUCACAGCAAACACUUUCUCAUUUGAACUGGGUGGAUUGGAACCACACGAGGAGUAUUUCUUCUGGCUUAAAACUUGCACACUACUUGGUUGCGUAAUGAGUGAACGAGUGAUGGAACGAACACUAGAAAUUCCACCUGCCAAUCAAAAUCCACCAUCUGUGGUUCUACCACAUAGAGAUCAGGUUCCCCUUGACAUUAGUUGGUCCCCACCAGUAAACACAAACGGAGUUAUAAGAUUUUACAAACUUUACCGGCGACGACUACUUGACGAUGAAUCUGCCACAGAAAUGUUGGAAAGAAGACUUGCAGCGAAUGUGACGGGGACAUCUUACACAGACUCAGACUUGCUACCAUACACACGCUACCGGUUCCAGGUGACUGCUUUAAAUGGGGCUGGGGAAACCACCAGUUUGUGGUCUGCACCCAUGCGCUCUGGGGAAGCCACACCUAGUGGGGUACCAGCCCCAACCUUCCAGGAUGUGUCAGCUAGAUCCAUCCAGGUGGUGGCGCUAGACCCAGAGAGAAAGAAUGGAAUUAUUAGGGGAGUUUCAAUUUAUAUGAAACAAAAUAAUUCAGAUGAUGCAAUGCAAUUGGUUACAAGUGGAACAGGGCAACAGUUUUCUCUGGUCAGUCUUAAUCCAGUAACCACAUACCAGAUUGCGAUAGAAAUGUGCACAUUGGACACAUUAUGUGUUCGAGGUCCUUCAGCCUUUGUGACAACGCUCUCUGCUCCGCCAAGUGGCCAGUCAGUGCCAAUUGUCGAUGAAGUUACAACUUCCAACUUGAGCAUUUCAUGGACAGAACCUGCCCACUUGAAUGGGGAAAUAAGCAGGUAUGAGAUUUUAUAUCGUCGGGGAUGUCAGGUCACAUUUCCCCCUGUAGAGUGCCAUGUCUCUCCUACUGUUGUUGGGUAUUCUGGCACGUCAACCCAAACAGUGUUGCGCAAUCUUCAUCCUUACACUCGUUAUGACUUUAAAGUGAAAUCUUUCAACGAAUACGGCAGCACUGAGUCGUCAUGGGAAACCGUGAUCACAAGGAAGUCCGCUCCGAAAUACAUCACCCACUUUAUUGUGUCAAGCAACAGUAGUUAUGUGAAAGUUGCUUGGCCUUCUACCUUCGAUCUUAACAGCGUGCUCACUCGUUUCGAACUAUCGGAUAGAGGUCGUGUAAUCUAUGCUGGGUUAAACACGGUCUACCACUACAGACGUACUGGCCCUUCAGUCCAUAAGUUUCGCUUAACAGUAUACACUGAUACUGGGACAACCAGAUCCCCUGUAAUCAUAUACAACACCAGGAACAAUCAACCCACUACACAAAUCGUGGAGAAUAUUGGUGAAGACAUGACUGAAAUUGCCGCUGCCAGCGUUCCCUUCUUCCAGCGCACCUGGUUCAUGGUUGUCAUGGUGAUAGUUGCCAUGCUGGUGAUGUCGGUCGUGAUCGGCGUCGUGUUCCGUUGCAUGUGGGGUCCGAGAAGCAGCCGCUCGAAAAUCCCAAACCAGCGCGAGGAUAUUAUGAUGGAUUUAAGCGCCGUGCCGCCAUACAGGAGUGAUGAUCUUAGCAUGCAUAACUACAGUGUUCAGAGUUGUCCUGUCAAGUCACCUGAACACCCGCAUGGUCACAUCAACAGAUCAUACUCCAUGGACUCCUUACAUCGCAGUACAAGCCACUUAAUGGGACAAGACAUCAGCUUUGAUCAUUCCAUGUUCAAUCCCAAGGACACAGUUGAAUAUGAUGACAGAUGGGAGCACGCGCUGCCCUAUGAUGACGAUCUCGAAUACGUGGUGAGGUCACAUGACACAGAUGAGCCAAUGAACGGAAAGUCGGACAGCGGAAUACAUAACUAUUGCGAGGAUGAGGAAACUCCAUACAAACCUAAGUUGGCGAUGAAAUUGAAAGACACACACUUAUGACGUCACUAUUCUUGAGAAGGAUGCAUAAUUCCUAGGAUUGUAACUUUUCCAGUCAUAAUAUGGACUUAUUGUUUAGUGUUGUAGUUUGCUAACCACACUCCAAUGCUAUUUGUGUUACCCAUUGCCAGAUUAGAACUGUCUUUGUUCUAUUUUAAAAUACUGUUUUUUUUCUGUUCUAUUAUUAUAUACAAACUGUUGUUACAUUCCUUAGUUAAAAAUCCUUUCUACUUUGCCAUUUUUAUAAUGCCAUGGUCUGUUUAUAAGUGUUAACAACAUUCUGCUAUGAAGUUUAGGAACUUUCCGUUUAAUAAUUGUAUAUUUACACUUACGCACCAUUUUCCGUGUGGCCUUGAAAAAAUUUUGAAGCUGUAGCCUUACUGAUUACAAUUAUGAAUAAAUAAAUGAAUGUAACUUA